AUGGCGAGGGAGAUUCUCGGCAACGACAUGGAAUGCAUCGAGCUCCCGCCUCCGGUCAAUUCAUUUGGCGUAUGGGAGCGAAUGAAGGAUUUUGACGAUGGAAGGAAGAUUUGGGACUAUUCUUUGCCUCUUUUACUCUCUUUUAUGAUUCUCUUUUUCUCCACAUGGCAAACAAUUUUCUUAUCCCUCAAGCGGAUUAAAGCCACCAAAUUCACCUCCCAGGUUGCUGCGGGUUUGUCAUUGUCUUUUCUAUCAUUAAUGCUGGGCAACUAUAAGACAUUCAGAGAUAUAUUCUUCCCUGCAGAUUACAGGAAAAACGUAAUAAGUACAAUGGGGGCAUUUGGUUACACAAUGUUCUGGUUUCUAAUGGGAGUGAAAAUGGAUUUGACUACGGUUUUUAGAACGGGGAAGAAGGCGGCAGCAGUUGGGAUCACCUCUGUAAUAGCGCCUGCUAUAUUUUCUGUACUCCUUUUCUGGAAAGUAUUCUAUACCACACCAUAUUCGAGUCAGUGCCAACUUCUUAAUGGAAAUGAAGAUCCAAAACUCAUAACUGGGUCGAUUAAGGUUAGCAUCACCAAUUGGUUAGCUGUUCCAGAUGGUCGACCUUUGGGAUCUGCCUUGACAGAGAAGUUUGAUUACUUUGUAUCCAGUGUCUUCUUGCCUUUCUUUGUGGUCAAUACUUCCAGAUAUGUGAAUUUGAAGAUGGCUGGAGAUUUUAAUGAUCUCAAGUUGAUUAUUCCGGUAUUUGGAAUCAAGUUUAUGGCAACAUUCGUUGCAGCAUUGGUUUCUAAGGUUUCUUGGAAGGAUGCUGUUGCCCUUACUCUUGUUAUGAACACCAAAGGAUAUGUUGAGUUAGCAGCAUAUGCUUUUGGCCUUGAACAGAAGUUAAUCGAAAUGCAUAGUUUCACCAACUUGACACUUUCUCUCUUUGUGGGUUCCUACUUCCUUCCAGUCUGCAUCAGAAUACUUUACGACCCUUCGAAAAGAUAUUCAGGUUACCAGAGAAGAGAUAUAAUUCAUCUGAAACCUCAUUCUGAGCUUCGUAUACUCUCCUGUAUUCACAAACCUGAUAACAUAAUCCCCAUGAUUAAUCUCCUUGAAGCUUCAUGUCCAUCAACUGAUUACCCCGUUGCUGUUUAUGUGCUUCAUCUGAUUGAGCUCAUUGGUCAGGCUUCUCCUAUUUUCAUAUCCCAUCAAUUACAAAAGAAAAAUGUCGGCAACCACUCUUAUUCAGACAAUGUGCUUAUUUCUUUUGAUCAAUUCCAAAGAAAUUUCUGGGGUCUUGUUCAUGUCAGCAUCUUCACAUCUGUCUCCUCUCCCAAACGAAUGCAUGAGGACAUAUCCAUGGUCGCUUUUGACAAACUCACAUCACUUAUACUCCUUCCUUUUCAUCGUUCAUGGUCUAUUGAUGGAUCAACAAUUGUUUCAGAAAGUAGUAUGAUUAGGAACUUAAAUUGCACUCUCCUUGAAACUGCACCUUGUUCUGUUGGAAUCCUUGCUGAUCGUAGUCGAAUAGAGAGAAAAAGUGUGAGGGAAUCAUCAAAAACCUCCUAUCAAGCUUGUAUGAUCUUCUUCGGUGGAAAAGAUGAUAGAGAGGCUUUAGCAUUAGCCAAGCGCAUGACGAGAGACUCAAGACUCAAUUUGACUGUGGUGCGCAUAGUUUCUGCAAAUCAAAAUACCAAUAAGACCUCACAUUGUAGUAGGAUUCUUGAUUCAAAAGAGUUAGAGGAUAUUAUGCACAAUAAUUUAGGAGAAGAAUAUGUGAUCUACAUAGAGAAAACUGCAAAAGAUGGGACGGAGACUGCUUUGAUCCUUCGAUCGUUGGUUGAUGAGUUCGAUUUGUUUAUAGUUGGCAGAGGCACCGCCAAGGAAAGUGAAUUGACAAAAGGUCUUGAUCAAUGGAGUGAAUUUCCAGAACUGGGAAUCGUCGGAGAUUGGCUUGCUUCUCCAGAUCUUGAUAGCAGAACAUCUGUCUUGAUAGUGCAGCAUCAGAAACAUAUACACAGCUAGAAUUUGCUUUCAACUUAUUCAUCACGUAGAGUUGUAACAGCAUAGGCUGUAGCUAUAUGUACACUUUUAUUCUUUUUUGCUAGUUAUUGCUUAUUAUGCAAAUUUUUUGUUCUAGUUUAGCAAC